AUGCAGUCCCUGGACGCCAAGUCCCAGGACUUCGAUACCAAGUCCAUCCUCUCCAUGCAGGAGCUGGAUCCGUCCCCGGUCGACGAUUCACCCUCAACACCAGACCUCGACUCCCUCGAGAAUGGAGAGUACUUCCCUAAACCCGAUGAAGACAAGCCAUCGCGCACUUGCGGCUUUCCUGCGCCGAAUUUGGGGCUGCGCGCACACCGUUGGGAUGCUCUCUUAUCCGGUAUCCAAAGAUACUCUACAUACCCACCAACAGCAUUCUUCAUCCUGCAUUUCGCCAAUACCUCGCUCAUCCCGCUGAUUACCCGCUCCGUCCCCGCCAGCGAGCCCUACCUCCUGCUCACGCGACCAGUCUACCAAGCCCCCGGCCUGGAACACCUCGUCCUCACCGUCCCCAUCCUCGCACAUAUCGCUUCCGGCAUCGCGCUACGAAAUAUCCGUGGCUCACGCCGUGCUCGUCUGUACGGCGCCGAGACACGUGCCCAGCGUCAUCUGCUCUCCUUCUGGCCCAAGGUCUCGGUGCAAGCGAAAACGGGAUAUCUCGUCGCACCGCUGGUCGGUCUGCAUGCGGUCGUUAACCGGGUUACCCCGUACAUGGUCGAGGGCGGUAGUUCGGGUGUGGGAUUGGGGUAUGUCGCGCAUGGUAUUGCGCGGAGCCCCGUGUUUUGGAACAUCUUCUACCUGAUCUUUGUGACGGCGAGUGUUUGGCAUUUCAUCGGUGGAUGGGCGACUUGGAUGGGGUGGAGGGUUACUACUGCUCGGAAAGAACGGAGUUCGAAGGGUUCGCUUGAGGGGUAUUUGGGAUAUCCCGAGAACCAGGACCGUGUCAAGCGUCAGCGCAAGAUGUGGUGGGUGGUGAAUGGGAUUGCUGCUGUUGGUGCGGCUCUCUGGCUGGCGGGUGGUUUGGGGAUUGUUGGACGCGGCGGGGAGGGAUCUGGAUGGGAGGCUCAAGGGUGGAAUGAGAUGUAUAGCCAUGUACCGGUCAUUGGAGACUGGUUGUAA